UGAAUAGAGGGAGUCGAGCAAAUUUAUUGGUAUUUAGUGUGUAGAGAACUGUACUCACACAAUGAUCAUUUGUCUUUAGCUAAAUAACGCGCGUGUGCAAACAGUCUCGGGGAUUCCCCUGCAUCGACGUUGGGGAGAUCGGGCGGUGUGGUAAGGCAGCGUUGAACACCAAGUUGUCUGGACCAGCGAUCGACGAGGCGACGUUAUAUUUGACAUCAUGACGUCUCAAGUCGAUCAGACGUUAUCUUCAGGAACCUUUCUGUCUAAUUCUACUGCUCAGAAUGUAGGCGAAGAUUUGAAGGCUCUCAUGGAACACGCGUCUGUAGUAGAACGUGGCAUAAUUGCUUUAACAGCAAGAGCAGAUGCUUUAAAGCAGAAGUUAUCAUCUGCAAAGGCAUUAGAUGAACAACAGUUCUUUGCAUCAAGACUUGAACAAGUUGAACGUGAACUGUUACAAGCAAACGAAGCAUUAAGGAGGAAAAAAGCUGACCUGUCUGAAGCUCAGAAAGAGAUCAGAAGCAAGGACACCACAUGCAGCACAUUGGCCGGUGAAGUGGAGAGACUGACUGCACAUCUCAGACAAAUGUCGCAGAUUUAUGGCUUUGAAUUGCCAGAUGACACUGAGGAAGAAUCAAUGUCAUUACUACAUGGACAUGAUAGCCAAACGGCUGCUAGGCAGGAAAAUGCUGUACUGCAUGUUGAGAUGACAUCUGAUCAGCAGCAAAGAUCUGAAAUUGAAAAUGUUUCAUGUCAGAGGCCAUCCACUGGUCAAGGCAUCUGUCACUCUGAUACUGCUAGAUCGUCUGCUACGACAUCACUGUUAUCAGAGUCAUCAGAAUGGUCAUCUGGUACAUCAUCGGUGUCGAGCUCUCUUCCUUCUACAUCCAUCGAGUCUACUCAGAGUAGUAGGAAUCCACCUGCUUCAGGAUUGAGAGAUCCAACAGCUCCGGUUGAGUCAUUUAACCACAUCACAAAGCAGCAGCUGAUAGACAGAAUGUUGAAACUUCAAGAUGAUUUGAGAAAGGUGGCUGUGAUUAACAGGAAAUGGAAACAGGAUUAUGAUCACAUGAAGAGUAUCAUGCAGAAAGAAAACGACAGACUUGCUGGCAUAAUUGCACAAAGGGAGUUUGAAAGAAAGCAGAACAAAGUGUCACAGACUGCUGCUGCUGUUUCACAGGAAACUAUUGACAAAUUGUCCCAAGAAAGAAGUACCGCACAAAGGCAAGCAGAGCAUGCAGAGACAGAAGCAAACAAGUUACGAAGGGAUUUAAAAGAAUGUCAGCACCAGCUGGAUGAACUACUUAAUCAGCGAGUGCAAGAAGGGCAGGCUGUCGAAGUCUUGAAGCAACAGCUACGUGGUGCUUUGAGUGAAUUGGAGGAUCAUCAAACUCGAAUGGGCAACCAAAGAAGAGAAAAUGAUGAGCUCAAGCAGCAGGUACAAUUUCUCCAAGAAAAAGUGGUUGCUAUCAAAGCAAGGGUCCAAGAUGCAAUGGCUGAUCCUGAGCCCAGAAUUACAGGGGACCAUCCAGUUGUUCCACCAAGAGACAAGAUUCCAAAGAAACCCCAAACUCUAAGGAUAGAACCAAAGGGAAAGAACGCGGUAUUGGGCCCUCCUGAAAUGUUCAAGCAAUCCAGUAAGAGUGGAAACCAUGACAAACUUCGACGAAAAGUGAACGAACAGUGCAACACAGCAACAGUCAGAAAGCAUCAGGACGAAUGAUGCGACGUUUUGAGGGAAAUGUGGGUCAAAUUGAGUUUAAUUGUGGCAGACGAAAACAUCAUGGUAGUGACAGCUGAUCUAGGAUGAUAUUGCUAGCUGUAUCUACCUCUGAGUGUCCUAUUUCUGAUUGCGACAUUUGCAUUAGACUUAAAUCAUUGUGCAAUUAGUUAUCUGUAGAUCACAAAUUGCAUUGUAUUCUUUCUUCAAUGAGUGUAUUUGUAUCAUUACUAUGGUAUUUGUGUCAUUACUAUGGUAAACCUUACUCUUUAAGAAUUAAAGAGUGUGCA